CCAGGUGCUUAUGUAAGGGAACCAAAAUGAGACCACCCGAGGGAGGGUAGAGAGUGCUUGUGACUCUAGGUUCACUUAGACUUUGGGCUCGUACCAAACUUCAUCGAGCCGCGACGCCGACGCGGCUUUAUGACGCCACCCCCGGAAGUGCGAUCUAGAGCGGGCGGAGAAAAGGGCAGCUGGUUCCUUUAGGGAUUAGGUCCGGUGAGGCCGCGUCUGCUUAGGAUUCCUCUCGACCUUCGCUGAAUCUUUCAGGUCCACAGACUGAGGAACCGUCUCCAUCAUCAUGGGAGGCGGGGACCUGAACCUGAAGAAGAGCUGGCACCCACAAACCCUUCGCAAUGUGGAGAAAGUGUGGAAGGCGGAGCAGAAACAUGAAGCGGAGAGGAAAAAGAUUGAGGAGUUGCAGCGAGAGCUUCGAGAGGAGAGAGCUCGGGAGGAGAUGCAGCGCUAUGCUGAGGAUGUCGGGGCUGUCAAGAAAAAAGAAGAAAAGUUGGAUUGGAUGUACCAAGGUCCAGGUGGCAUGGUGAACCGUGAUGAGUACCUGCUGGGGCGCCCCAUUGACAAGUACGUCUUUGAGAAGAUGGAGGAGAGGGAAGUCGGCUGCUCUUCUGAGACAGGACUCCUCCCAGGCUCAAUCUUUGCCCCGUCGGGUGCCAAUUCCUUUCUUGACAUGGCCAGCAAAAUCCGGGAAGACCCUCUCUUCAUCAUAAGGAAGAAAGAGGAAGAGAAAAAAAGAGAAGUACUGAACAAUCCUGUGAAAAUGAAGAAAAUCAAAGAGCUGUUGCAAAUGAGUCUUGAAAAAAAGGAGAAGAAGAAGAAGAAGGAGAAGAAGAAGAAGCACAAGAAACACAAGCACAGGAGCUCCGGCAGUGAUGGCUCCAGCAGUGAGGAGGAGCAGAGCCGGGCCCGGUCUCAAAAGAAGAUGCCAAAUUCCUUUCCUGUUUUGUCCAAAGUCCCUGGAUAUGGCUUACAGGUGAGAGACUCUGACCGUAACCAGGGACUACAGGGUUCCCUGGGUGAACAAAGGGCAAUAAAGAACCGUUCCCGGUCAAGAAGUGCCUCACCCCCCAGGCAUGUCAGCAAGAAGAGCACCAAGGAAGACAAGCCCCGGGACAGGAGGUCUCGGUCCCCAAGGCCCAGCAAACAGCAUACCUCUAAGGUAAACAGGAAAGAGAGAGACAGCCCAUCUCCUAAAAAGGAGGUCUACCAGAGGCGGCAUGCUUCUGGAUGCACCCGAAAACUCUCUGCUGAGGAACUAGAGCGGAAACGGCAGGAGAUGAUGGAAAAUGCCAAGUGGAGGGAGGAGGAGAGGCUCAACACCCUCAAGAGGCACGCCAAGGAAGAGGAGCGGGAGCACAGGCUGCAGAGGUUGGACUCUCGGUCGGGCAAGUUCAUCCACCGCAUGAAGCUGGAGAGCGCAUCGACCUCCUCUCUGGAGGACCGGGUGAAGCGCAACAUCCAUUCUCUGCAGCGGACAUCGGUAGCUCUGGAGAAGAACUUCAUGAGAAGAUGAAAACCAGUCUCUCUCACUGGUUUGCCUGAAUUUGCCAGGGAGGCAACUGACUCCUUAAAAUUCUCUUUAUAAGAGUUCAAAUGGCUUCUUGUACAGAUGAAAAACCACCACUGUUCAAAGUGCCCUUUGUCCACUGACUCCUGAAACACUUCACAUCCCUUAAACCCGAUGUGACCUGAUUCCGGGAUCCUCAGGAACUCUAGCUGGAUGCACUGUGGGUUUUGACUGUGUUUUAGUGGAUGGUGCUGGACGGCUUGGAUGCUUGUCUCCUCUCCUCCCUCCCACCUGAGUGAAUGGAUCAGACUUCCAGAGGCCUCUCUUUACAGCCACCCCGAUGGAUAAGCAAACGUUGUCUUUAUUUAGUAGAUCGUGUGACAGGAUAGCCAAGCAUCAGGAAGAGCCAAGAGAGUGACAAAGAAGCUGGAAGAGAAAACAGAACCAAAAAGCCCCAAGUGAACUGCUAACCACCUGGGCUUUAAGCUGUAAUGAUUUAAUGUAUAUAUACAAAUGUAUAAUUCCAUAUUUGCUUCUAAAAAGUUAGCCUUGUGAGAACAUUUUGUUCCAUGACCUUGUCAGAAAAGUAACACAGUAAGGCAGCCUGGCUCACUCUCCUCCCUGAGUCAGGGCGUAGGCGAGCUUUGGGAUUACUGACCUUCUUUGAGAUUUGAACAUAACUCUGUCCUCUACAAAUGUGUUAGGUUGCAUUUAUAGGUAUGUUACUGGCUUCAGGAAGGACACAUCUGCCAGGGUUCACAUCCUGCUCUGUUCCUCACUCUCCUAGUGAGCACCCAGUGGGGCAGGAAUUAGGACCCAUGUUGCCCUGUGACUCCUAAAAGAAAGUACUGUAGAGGAAGCUGUUUGCUUUCUGACUAAUUUUUAUUUGUUUGUUUGUUGAGGCAGGCAGGGUCUCUUGUAGCUCAGGCUAGCUUUGAUUGUACCCUGUAGCUGAAGGUGACCCUGAACUUCAGACCCUCUGACCACACACAGUUGCUAACUACUGCCACUGCUGCCUUGUGUCCUCUUUGGUACUGGGCCCUUAGUGGCCCAGGGUGGCCUGGUGGUGGCUCACCUGCUUCAGCCUCCUGGCUGCAGUUACUGGCUGCCACCCCCAGCUUCCUAGCUGCUCUUGUAUCCUAAGACAAGACUCAAGGGGCCACUCCUAUGUCUUUACUGCCAUUCCUUUCUCUAUUCUUUCACCAGAAGCCCUCAUUUGACCAGGGAACUUCUAGGUGCUCUUUAAACAGACAUCAGAUUCACCCCUAGCUGUGGCUAACCUUAAACUGUAGAUCUGUUUCAGCCUCUGGACCUGUGAUUACAGACCAUGUGGCCCUCAGAGGUGCUUUUAACUCAUAUAUUAAGCCAUUUCCUUGUUUUACCAGUUCCUAAUUCCUCCUAAAAUAUGUUUGGAUUUUUAUCUUUUUAAGCACUAAAAUUCCAGACACUGUAAUUCUUAAAACUCAGUUUCCCCCAGACAAUGUAACAUUAUUCAUUUAAUCACCUCAUCCUGCUGCCCUGUGCUAUAGUUAAUUAUGGCUUUUAUUUUAUUACUUGGUAAUAAAGGCUACAUUUAUUUUUGUAACUGUAGAGCGGCCGACCACGUGCCUGGUACUGAGUCUUGAUAUGCCCAAGUGUUGACCUGUGAUUUGUGUCGAAUACAGAGACCCUUCGUCCAAGUGAAAUUACAUAAUAAACCCUGAGCAGUUUACUCAAGA